GCCAUUUUGUUUGCUCCCAGGACGAUGUGGCCGGGUCUCUGGGCCGCCGCCCUGGUGGUGCUGCUGCUGCUGCGAGCGGGCGGCGGCCCCGGGAGCUCCACGAGCACCUGUGGAGAGCGGGUACUGGUGGAUAUGAUAUCAGGACCUCGGAUCGUAGGUGGACAUGAUGCACAGCUCGGAGCAUGGCCGUGGCAAGUUAGUCUCCAAGUUUACCAAUAUGGUGUAGGAUUUAAACAUCUGUGCGGUGGAUCUUUAGUUAAUGAGUAUUCAGUGCUGACAGCAGCGCAUUGUGUUAGACGACAAAUGGAUCCAUACUACUGGAAGGUUGUGAUUGGCCUUCAUGAUAUUUCCAGACCUGAGAGACAUACUGUGAAACGUAGUGUUAGAGAGAUUAUUGUCCAUUCAGAAUUCCGGAUAGAGACGUUUGAAAAUGAUAUUGCAUUAUUUAAACUAUAUAAAUCGGUAAGCUACAAUGACUAUAUUCAGCCCAUCUGCUUACCCUUUGUUCACAUUCAUCUAAACAUCAACAACCGAACAAAGUGCUUCAUAAGUGGUUGGGGAAGUAUUUCAGAGAAAGAUACUGCUGCCAUUCAUGCUCUCCUUGGCUUUAUUCCAAAUGCAACCUCCUUUUAAUUACAAAAACCAUGAUGUAUUCCUACAGCCUUAAUUUUAUCCAGAGAAAGAAAGAAUUUGAUGAAGCAUGAAAGUGUUAUUACCUGGAAUAACAAUACCAUUAAAACUGUACCUAUGGGCCUCAGUUUAUUAGGAUUAGGAAUGAUUUUUAGCAAAAAAAAAAAAAGUCAAAAUGAAGACAGUAUUUUUCAGUGAAACUGAGCCCUCUUAAAGGAAUAUGCUCUGUUUAGCACAAAACUUGAUUGCUUAAAGUGCAGUUCUGCUAACAUUGUGAAAUUCUGUGUUCAGUGUUUUCAUAUACAAUUUUCAGUUUACAAGUAAAAAGUUAUUUUUUCUACCCAUCAGCAGCUCAAACUCACAAAAAGGUCUGAAAGUCAAGCUGGGUUCAAAUUUCCAUGUACAUCAAUCACCAGGAAAUCAUUCUGCAAGUCAAAUUCAGUUAUACCCCCACUGAAGGCAACCUAGGGCUGAACAAGUGUAACCGAGGGCAUAGUUUGGCCCGUAGUCUUUAGUCCAGGGUUAAUGUAAUAGAAGGAAGAACUGAACUUGACUUUUAGAGUCUCGUUUCAGUUCCCAGACAUUAGCACUUAGGAAAAACGUUAUACUUAGCAACAGUAAAUUAGAUAUAGAAAGACUGAGGCUAUGUAGGUCUCCAAAUGAGUAGUGGGGCUGGCCGGUCUGCACAGGAUUCUCUCCUCUCCUGUCUAAACACCAGGGAGCACAGACUCAGUAUGCACAGGUAGUAACUUUCAUAGUGGAGCUAUCUCCUUAAGGGAAGAUACAAGGGCAUCUGGGGUCAGAUAAGCCUGUGGGACACAACAUGGCCCCUGCACUUUGCAAGUGUUCAGGUCUAAGUACUAGUAUCUCACGUUUCUUCAGAAUCAGAAAGGCAGAUGUGUCAAACAACACCUCCACCCCGAUCCUGCAAUGACUUACGCAUGUUGUCACAGCCAUGGUAAAAAUCCCCCUGCUGGACACACCAGGCUACUGUCUUUGGAUUCCAGGCCCAUAUGCUUUUAAGCUUCCUGAGACUCAGCAGAAUCCAGGCCCACACAGGGUAUAGAUCCUCUGUCUCACAUCGCGUCUGAGCUGAACGCCCGGUCUAACUGCAUCUCCCCCAGACUCCUGAGUAGCAUAGCACACUCUUUUCCAGAGUUCCACCUUGUAGGAAACUCUGGCUUACAGUUUACCUCUUCAGGGACAUGAUAGUGGAAGCAAAUAGACACAUUAGAUAGCACAAGACAAGAACUAUAUAGAUCCAGACUAAACAAUAGAACGCCUGUACACCAUUCCCUGCCUCAUGUUAGUUCACUCUGAGUCUCUGUUUUUUUUAAAACCCAUCGCUAAAACCUUUUCUUUUUGUUCUGCUUUUGGGGAAAUUCCACUCCUUUAGGCCCCAGGCCCCUGCAGAGAAGUUAGAGAAAACUGGUUCGCCUAGCUUCAGCCAGUCCAUUGGCCCAUUUGAAUGGGCAACCAUAACGAUUUAAAGACUCUCUUCCAUUGUGCCUGGUCUGGGAGAUAUGUGACACAGCCUUGAUACAAAUGGUACACAGACAUUCAAUGAUAAAGCAGUUUCUUAAAGCCAAAUAGCAUUCAUAAACUCUGCAUAGACAGAUUCCCCAAAUUGUCAGAUGUUCUUAAUUUUCAGCAUGAGCAGUCCCACUGAACUGAAAAAUAUUUGCACAAAAAUGCUACAAUUGUAGUAGCAAAAUGUUUCAUCUUCUAUAUUCCAUUACAGGUGAAGGCUCACCUAUAUUACAAGAAGCUCAAGUAGACAUUAUUCCUUCUGAUAUUUGUAAUGGUUUUGAAUGGUAUGAAGGAAUG